AUGAAUCCCGAGGAUUCCACUAGUGGGUUCCGACAUGGCAAUGUGCUAAUGUUCAUCAAUGAGCAAAUGGCCAAGCAUAGAAAAGGCCCCGAGUUCUACCUUGAGAACAUGUCCUUGUCCUGGGAGGAGGUGGAAGACAAGCUCAACGUCAUCCUGGAGAAUACCAAGGUGCCCCGGGAAGCUCGGGAAGCCUGUGCCUGGGGCAGCCUGGCCUUGGGUGUUCGCUUCGCUUGCAGGCAAGGCCACUUGCAGGGGCGCAGAGUGCAGUGGCUGCAUGACUUCGCCAGCCUGCACAGGUCAGCGGCACAUGCCUUGGCAGCAGAAUUGAAGAAGCUCUCAUACCAGCAUGAACUGGAACGCAAGGAGAUGGCCUACCAGCUUCAGUUGGCCCACACCAAGCUAGCAGAGGUGGAGAGAGAGCGGGACCUGAUGAGACGGAAGCUAGUGUAUGCGAGAUUUGCCACCGCUAUGAGAAUUCUGAAAGAUUACAGGGGUUGCCAGCACCAGAUGCAAGCAAGGACUUCUGUGAUGAUGGUACAACGUCAUAACAGAAAUUUUCCCUAG